AUCACAGGCCAUGAAACCCCCAACCAUUAUUAUUAUUAUUAUAACGUGUCAUUAAUUAUGCAAGUUACGGUCCAUCGAGAGAUGAAUUUGCUAUUUAGCCCUCUGGUCUCUACUAUUCUCGACCUAUCAGCAUCCCCAGAAUGGCGACGAGCGUCGGUACCGUUUCCGCCUUUGUUAUUCUCUCGCUCAGUGCGAUCCUGAUCCCACUGGCAGCUUCAUACGAGCUUAAGCCGAAGCCGGAGGAUUUCCUAAACGAGUGCAAGAGGAAGAUGGGGCUGGAGUGCGGGGACGCGAUCAACAUUAACUUGUUCGGGCGGGGGACACCACCAUACUUCGAUGAUUGCUGUCAUAAGCUUGUGGAGAUGGGGCGAGAGUGUCACGACGGCGUGGUCACAAAGCACCUUCUGCUGAAGCCCCAGGACUAUGCGGACAAGAUCUUGCAGAAAAGCGUCAGGGUCUGGAACCACUGCGUUCGGGUUGUUGAGUACCAGGAAAGGCACGGCAGCAAGUUUUAAGGCCGUUACAUGUUGACGUUCGAUAUAAAAACCUAGUAUAAUGCAAGUUCAAGGUGAAUGAGAGAAAGGGCAGGAACUUAGACAAACUUACGAUCUAUUACCUGACACGAGAUUGAGAUUCUUUGUGGUCGUAUUGAUCCCGAAACAGGCAAUAGCUCAUUUUCGA